UCGUGAGCUGUCAAAUUGUCAAGCCGAACUAGUUGUUCGCGGUGAUGUUAGAAAAUUUUCAAUAGGUUGCCGGUGAAGAAUAUAUUAUAAUAAUAUAUUAAUUAUUACUACGUUUAUCUAUGUAAAAUUUCAUUAAAAAUAUUUACAAACGAGCAACAAACAUGACGGCGGAGGUCCAGAGUAAGGCGAGACUGCCUCAUCUUUCGUCCGAUAAACAACUAACAUUUCUAAAGUUAGCUGUUUUAUCAAUGGCAGCAAUCCUAUCAUUUGCAACACGAUUAUUCUCUGUCCUACGUUUCGAGAGUGUCAUCCAUGAGUUUGAUCCAUACUUCAACUAUAGAACAACUCGUUUUCUCACACAAGAGGGAUUUUAUAAGUUUCACAACUGGUUUGAUGAUCGAGCAUGGUACCCACUUGGACGUAUCAUUGGAGGAACCAUAUACCCUGGCCUAAUGGUGACCUCUGCCACAUUAUACAACAUUAUGCAGUUCCUGAACAUCACCAUCGAUAUCAGGAAUGUGUGUGUGUUCCUGGCGCCAUUCUUCUCUUCUCUCACCACACUGGUUACAUACCUACUCACCAAGGAGCUCAAGGAUGAAGGUGCAGGGCUAGUGGCAGCUGCGAUGAUCGCCAUAGUACCAGGUUACAUCAGCCGGUCGGUCGCUGGCAGCUACGACAACGAGGGUAUAGCGAUAUUCUGCAUGCUGCUCACUUACUACUUCUGGAUCAAAGCAAUCAACACCGGCACCAUACUUUGGGCGACCAUGACUGCUCUUGCUUAUUUCUACAUGGUGUCCUCGUGGGGUGGCUACGUGUUCCUCAUCAACCUGAUGCCGCUUCACGUGCUGGCGCUCAUGCUGCUGGGCCGGUUCUCGGCGCGCGUGUACGUCGCGUACAGCACGCUGUACUGCGUAGGCACCAUCCUCUCCAUGCAGAUACCAUUCGUCGGCUUCCAGCCCGUGCAAAGCUCGGAACAUAUGCUGGCGCUGGGCACGUUCGGCCUAUGUCAGCUGGUGGCGUUUACACAGUACCUGCGCGCGAGACUAUCGCCCGCCAACUUCGAGGUGCUGUUCCGUUCGCUCGUGUUCGCGCUGCUCGCCACGCUCGGCAGCGCCGCGCUCGCUCUCACGCUUACAGGAAAAAUUUCACCAUGGACUGGAAGAUUCUACUCUCUACUUGAUCCGUCGUAUGCCAAAAACCACAUUCCAAUUAUUGCAUCCGUAUCGGAGCACCAGCCUACGUCGUGGUCGUCCUUCUACUUCGACCUGCAAGUGCUGGUGUUCCUGUUCCCCGCCGGGCUGUACUUCUGCUUCAGCAAGCUGACGGACGCGAACAUAUUCAUCAUACUGUAUGGAGUGCUCAGUAUAUACUUUGCUGGUGUGAUGGUUCGUUUGAUGCUUGUGCUGGCGCCGGUCAUGUGCAUAGUGUCAGGUGUGGCCGCGUCCAGUCUGCUCAGCUUGCACGUGAAGGACAUAGAGCCGAAAGUGGAGAAGCAUGAGAAGAAGAAGAAACAUGAGAACAAUCUUGUGUUCCGAUCUGAGGUGGGCGCGCUGUUCGUAUGCGUGUUGGGUUGCUUGCUGAUCUCGUACGUGUUCCACUGCACGUGGGUGACAUCGGAAGCGUACUCAUCGCCGUCCAUCGUGCUGUCUGCGCGUGCGCACGACGGCGCCAGGAUCAUCUUCGACGACUUCCGCGAGGCAUACACCUGGCUCAAGAUGAACACCGCUGAGGAUGCAAAGGUGAUGUCAUGGUGGGACUACGGCUACCAGAUAACGGCGAUGGCAAACCGCACCGUGAUAGUGGAUAACAACACGUGGAACAACACGCACAUAUCGCGCGUGGGACAGGCCAUGGCCUCCAGCGAGGAGCGCGCCUACGAGAUCAUGCGAGAGCUAGACGUGGACUACGUGCUCGUCAUAUUCGGCGGGCUGGUCGGCUACUCGUCCGACGAUAUCAACAAGUUCCUGUGGAUGGUGCGCAUCGGCGGCAGCACAGAGCGUGGCGCACACAUCCGCGAGGCGGACUACUACACGGCCGCCGGCGAGUUCCGCGUCGACGGCGACGGCUCCAGCACGCUGCUCAACUGCCUCAUGUACAAGAUGAGCUACUACAAGUUCGGCCUCGUCUACACCGAGGGCGGCCGACCGCCGGGCUUCGACCGCGUCCGCGGCGCCGAGAUCGGGAACAAAGACUUCAACUUGGACGUUCUAGAGGAGGCGUACACGACCGAGCACUGGCUCGUUCGCAUCUACAAAGUGAAAUCACUACCCAACCGGGGUGUGUGAGAUAGACCAUUGUAAUUGUUCAUAACACAUUAAAAAUUGUGACUCCAGUGAAUAAGUGGACGCUUCAAGGCAUGGUGAUACGUACUUGGUAUGUUGUAUAGUCAUUAAACUGUAUUUCCGUUUGUACUCUUCAAUAGUGAAGCUUUCUCGUUUAGUACACAAUAUAGUUUAUUGGGUUUUGACAUGUAUCGAAUAAUAAUAAUAAUAAUUUUAAUUCGUGCAUUUAUGCAUGCAUGGAAAGUUUUUUUUUUUCGUGAUUCUACCGCUGACUCAUGCUGAAUUAAGUGAAUACUUUAUUUAACCGCAUAUUAUACUGCCCCAGCUUCGCACGAAUACAGGUUAGGGUAUAAUUUUCAUUUUUUUUUUUAUGCAACUUAGAAUGGCAAACAAGCUGACGGCUUACCUAAUGGAAAGUGUUAACCGUCGCCUAUAGACACGAGCAGUACCAUAGACAUAACAAAGUGGUCUGUUUCGCCCAUGAUACCUUAUACAUAUAUACCUUUUAAAAAAACUUCAUUAAAAUCAAUCAAAGUAUACUGUUUCGCCCAUGAUACCUAUGUAUACAUAUAUAACUUUUAAAAAACUUCAUUAAAAUCAAUGUCUAUAUAUGGGAAAUUAAUGAACUCAUUGUAUUUUUGUCAUUUCAUUUGUUUCGACUUCAUCCGGAAGUCUUCUUCAGGGGGCUUUUAACGCUUAGCGUCACAGCGUCUCGCAUCGUAUUUUCAUUAAAAUCGUGAUUUUUAGCAGUGAGUAGAGAAACAGACAGACAUCAACACUGUU